AUGACGUUCCGGAGGCUAAAGAUGGUCGAUUCAAGCGGGCCGGACUAUGCUGCGGCGUCUUCCCCGGACAACGGCGUCUAUUUCCCGUCGUCCCAGUCGGACAGCUGCGGGCGGACCGCGCCGCUCAACAACGUCGCCUCCGAGGUUUAUAACUACAAGACGCUAGCUUACUCCGGAGGGACUUUGCCCAGAAAUUUGAGAAAGGCUGGCGGCUCACAGAAAUGGAAGCCACAAAUUCAAUCACCUCAAGAACCUCAAAGGAAGCUGGUGGUGCUAGAGAAGGCGGAUGAGCAAACGUUUGGUUUUGAGAUUCAGACUUACGGCUUGCAUCAUCAGGACCAAAACACGGUGGAGAUGUGCACAUUCGUGUGCAAGGUGCAUGACGACAGCCCGGCCCAGCUUGCUGGUCUUAAAGUUGGCGAGACCAUCGCAAGUGUCAACGAGAGCCUUGUAGAAGGAUUUCGCCACAAGGAGAUUGUCCAGCUCAUCAAAGCGUGUGGAAACACACUCAGGAUGGAGACGAUUUAUAGCGAUUCUAUCCGGAAAGCUGAGCUGGAGGCGCGACUGCAGUAUCUGAAGCAAACCCUCCAUGAGAAGUGGGAUGAAUAUCGCUCGUUAAUGGUGCAGGAACAGAGGCUUGUCCACGGUAUAGUGAUGAGCGACGCAUCCGUGUACGAGUCCCUAGAGUCGGCAGGCGUGUACGGCAGCCUGGGAGCACCUAGCCCCGCCGCUCCCCGCGCCCUCCACUGCACCGGAAGUGCCAGCAGUAGCGCCAGCAUCCUCAGCACGGCCACCGAGGACGACCCGCUCUACCAGACGUGCCUGUACCACGCGGGCGACUCGGACACAGGCGAGGGUAAACGGUGUAAACAACCGUCGCCAGUGAGAAAACAGCGCCUGCGGCCCGCCAGCGAGCUGUUUGCCUCGGCCAAGACGCAGCUAACACGUAGCGCCAGCACUCGCAGCUACACGAGGGGGCCCUCACAGGGGCCCGCGGCUGUCGACAAGCUGCCAGUCUUCAGCUCGCUACAGAGGAAACACAGAAGCUUCCGGAGGCACUUCCUCAAGUUCAUCCCAGGCUUGAACAGGCCACUAGAGGAGGAGGAGAGCAAACUGUGA